AUGAGGAGAGGUAUUAAGGAAGCAAUGGGUAUUAAUUAUCCGAAAGGUGUUAUAAAUUACUUGGGUUUGCCUCUAUUCAGAUCAAGACAGAAGGAUGCUUAUUUUAACUUUAUUUUGGAAAAUUUCACCUCUAAAUUGCAGGGUUGGAAGGCUAAGACUUUGUCCAAGGCAGGUCGAGCUACUCUUAUAAAAUUUGUGGGUCUGUCGAUGCCUACCUAUGCCAUGCAAACCACGAAACUCUCUAGUCGGAUGGUCUCAAGUAUAGAUGGUUUAGUCAGGGAUUUUUGGUGGGGCUUUCAAAAAGGGAACCGAGGACUUCAUCUUAAAGCUUGGGAUAAGUUGUGUCUGCCCAAGUCAUUGGGUGGGUUAGGCUUUAGGAAAACGAAAGAAAUGAAUCUGGCUUUCCUAGCCAAGUGGGGGUGGAAUUUGUUGAAGGGUUCUCAGUCGUUAUGCUGUAAAAUUUUGGAAGCCAAGUAUCUGAAUGGGAAGGACUUCCUCAGCUGUAGCUAUAAAGACUCGGAUUCUUGGUUCUGGAAAAAUGUUGUGAAAGCCAAAGCAAUUCUUAGGAAAGGGGCUUGUAAAGUCGUGUCGAAUGGUAGGGCCAUUCAUAUUUGGAGGGAUCCUUGGAUUCCUCAUUACAAAGGUUUUAUCCCGAAACCAAAAGGCAGUCUUUUACCCAAUGUAAACUAUGUGGCUGAACUCCUCCUCGAUAAUGGAGACUAG